GAGAGAAGGAAGGACUUUCACCUGACUUUCGUUUAGUUUCUACUUUCUGUAUCUUUCUCUUUCACCGAGCAAGCGGUGCCCACCCACCCACUUUCACCACCACCAGCACAGGAUGACGGCAAACGUCAAGGCCAUAAUACUCCUCAAUUCCACCAAUUUACCCAAUAUUUUAAAAAUAAAUUCCAAUAACGGCUAAUUAAUUAAUUAACUGAUAUCUGCCUAAGAUCAUUGCCAUCAUUUGUACAUAUAUUCAUUUGACUUGGGUACAAAUUGUACUGACUGGAGUGGAAAAUUAUGGGCGGUGGAGAAUUUAGUUGGACGUAGAAAAAUAAUUAAAUUAUUAUUCGACUUGACUCAAUUAUUAUACUGGAGAAGAAAAACAAUUUAGUUAAUUGACAUUUUUGACGAUUUCUAAUCGAAAGUAAGAAAGCAAAUUUGACGAUUUCUUCCAAAUAUAGAUAAUUGAUUGGCUGAGGAAAACAGAACAAAUGAUUAUCUUCUAAUAAUAAAGAGACUACACGUGUUUUGAUAAAAGGAACAUCUUUUGGCAAUAAAAUUAGGACAAUAAUACCUAAAAUCAGUGUAGUGAAAGUAUAUUUGGCAAAUCACUCAUACAAAGGUGAAGCCAAACCACAGGCUGAUUUGAUUUGAGACAAUCCCAAGUUUGCCCGAGCUUGGCGCAGGCCGAGUGCUUUCUUUACUAUUGGCGAAGGGACGGAUGAAGAUUCCGAGCAUUACAAUGAGUUUGAUUCUGACGAUGAUGAAGUUCCAACCAAGAGUAAACUUUUACGAAGGAGGUCUUCUGUCCCGUUCGUGUAUGAUUCAAAUUCCAGUUUAGACAGUGACACUGAGCUCGGGUGGGAGUUGGCGGAGCGGAGAAAGACUCGAAGGGAAAGCAGUGUUCCGAUGAAUCAAGGUCUCCAAGCGUGGGUUGAUUUGAAGGCGACGGCAGGUUCCUCCUCUUCAUCGUCCCCUUCCAACAAGGAUGAUGGAGACCAGAAUAAGCAACUUGCCGUCGUUUCUGCACUUCCGAUCACCCGGAAAAAGAAAGCUGCAUACGAAGAGAUUAAAGAACAAUUGACUGCGGGGAAAGUGAAGGAGGCAAAAAUUAAUGUGCGAGAUAGCGAUUGGGAACUUAACGAGGAAAUUAGAUCUCGACUUUGGCCACACCUCUCCUCAAUUCAUGAAGCCACUCGAACAAGUUUGGAUGGUCUCUAUUGGGACUCUGUCAGUCAAAUUUAUGGAUCUCAAGAGCUGCCAUCAGGAAAUUUGCACCUCCCACCAUUUACGGAUACUCACUAUCAUCUUUACUAUGGAUUGUCGGCCGAAGGGAGAAAAUUUACGGAUCGAAUCGUGUCAGUUGUGGGCUAUGCUUAUCCAGAAAUCACUUAUUGUCCUCUUUUGCUUCCAUUGACUUCCCUGUUUUUGCACUACGUUCAGGAAGAGAAAACAUAUAACUCAAUGUGCACUCUUUUGUCAGCCAAACACAAAGUCUUUCUAACACAAACGAAGCUACAAUGGGAAGUGACUUAUACUACUGCAAUGAAUCUCACCAAAAAGUUUUCCAAGCCGGCCUUCACAUUCAUUCAGCGAAAUCUCCAACCUGGAGAAAGGAUUGAAAGUGUUUUCCAAGGAUGGAUAUGGUGGAUAUUCAGAGAUCUACCCCUUUCUCAUACGGUCCGUAUAAUCGACUGCUUUCUGAUGGAGGGAGUUAAAGUUUUGUACCGUGUGGCAUUAGCACUACUUCUUUCCUUCACCAAGGCCUGUGGCUCUGAUUCCAAAUGGUCUAAUCUCGUCGAAUCCUCUGGACUUGAGAUUGGGAUAUCAAAAUUUUGCAGUGAUAUUGCAACCAUCUUCACGCCUCAAAGGCUUCUGAAAUCGGCCUUUUCAAUCAGAGCCUUCAGGGGAGCAGAGAUUCGGAAAAUUUCUACAAAAGUGGAAUUGGUGCUAAAAAGCCGUGGUCCUGGAGCCGGAGGAGGCGGAGUCGGAGGGGGAGGAGGAGGCAAUAAAAUGCAAAAAUCGAAAUCCAACGAAAAUCUUCCUUCGAGUCAGUCUCAGAUGGAUAUUCAGAUGAUGUCACAUACGCUGGCUAUUAAAGAGGGGAAAAGUUCCCCAGAGCAUAGAAGCCCUUCUAUGGGUUCAUAUCCUCUUAACAAUAUCAAUUCUGUCGCUUCUAGAGAGUCCUUGCUAGCACUGUGGCAAUGGCUUCCCAUCAGGAUCACAAUGUACCAACCCGUUCUGCUCUACACUACGGAAGAACAUGGAUGUUCUUUGACAACAUUUUUUAAACGGGUGGAAAAUCACGAGCCAACAAUCUUAAUAAUCAAGACAACGACUGAUGAGGUGUUUGGAGCUUAUUGCUCAUCUCAUUGGGGUGCAAGGAACGAAAAGGAUGAAAAAGGUGAUCGACAACGAUAUUUUGGAACUGGAGAAACGUUUCUAUUUAGUUUGUGGCCUGAACGAAAAAAAUAUCCAUGGGUCGGAAUAAAACCAAUACCGGUUGACGAAGACAUUGAAAAUGAAGACCCAUCUUUACAGAACAAUGCUAAACGAAAGGGGAGAGGGGAAGAACUUUUUAUGCAUGCUGAUACUCAUAUGAUCUCAAUAGGAGGAGGGGAGGGCCAAGGAAUUUGUUUGGAUGAAGACUUGCGCUUUGGAAAAUCUGAAACAUGUUCAACAUUUCAAAACCCACCGUUGGCCGUGGAGAAAGAUUUUGAAGUCUCUGUGCUCGAAGUCAUUGGAUUCUCGUGUUAAUAAUGGAUUACCUACUUAGUACAUUAGUACAUACAUCAUCAUAAAAAUUCCACGCUUUCAAUGUUGUCGAUAAUCAAUCAACCCUGAAAUUCCGCUCAUCGCAUCGACCGAAUAGUGUUGCUAGUGUCAUAAUACAUACAUAGAACAAAAACCUAUAUUACAAACCGCACGGUACACGCAAACAAUCAGUAGUAGUCAAAAAACAUUUUUUUAGAGAACCAAAGUUUCAAUAGAUGUACAUACAUUGUACUAUUAAUUAUUAUUAUUAUACAUACAUACUACUAGUUAUUUUUUACAAUUACAACUAACAAAACAAACGAAUUUCGUUUGACAAAUGCAACGCAAUUUAAUUGAGAGAUUUGAUAUAAAUAGUUGAAUUAUAAUAAUGAUGAUAAUAAUAGUCGCUCUGCAGCUUAUAUUUAUUUAUAUAUGAGUUGGUUUUUGCUAUACAAGAAAAUAUAUAUUAUGCAAAUAGACAUCCCAACCAGGAUAAUAUGUGGAUAAUAGUCUUUUAGAAGAUAAACUAAAUGUAAUGAUGUAUACUACCAAUAGUAAUUAUACUGAUAAUAAUAAUAGUAAUAAUAAUAAUAUGAAACGUGCAUUUCAAAUGAAUACUAACCAAA